AAUUAAAACAAUUUAUGAAACUUCACAUAUAAAUGACAUGUAGGCAAAAAUAAUUUAAGUAAUAUUUUUAGUAGGAUAGAUACUAAUAUAUUAAGGGAUUUAUUGUUACAUAUCCUUCUAUUUAUUUUUAUUUUUUAUCUUUCUAUAUAUUGUUAUUUCUUAUCCUUCUAUAUAUGGGGUCAAAAUCCUUCUAUAUAUUGUUAUUUUUAUCUACUUAUAUUAUGAAUGAAAUCAUGAUGAUAUACAGUUCCUCUAUUUACAAAGAGUGUUAUUUUAUCACAUUUCACACUAUUAGAAAUUGCAAAAAACACUAAUCUCCAAUUUUAAUGUAUAAUUAAUAAAAUAAAAAUGAUGUAAAGUAGAAUUUUGUUGGUUAUUUAAAAGGACAAAAAUAUGUAAAUCCAUAUUUUAAAUGUAAAAUGACAUUUAAAAUAACAAAAAAAAAUCAUAGAGUGACAUUUUUUAUGAACAUAAUGAGUACAUAUUAUAUUAGUAGGCUAAUAGCAAUACGAGGAAAGUAAACUUGCUAAAAAACAAAUUAAGGAAAGUUGUUUCUCCAAAGAUUUCGAAGCAAGCAGUUCAAACUACCAUCACCACCUAGAGUCAACUUCCACUGCUUUCCAAAUAACAACACUUAUCCGUCACUCUAUAAAUACUCUUUCUUCCUGUUUUCACUUCCUCACCACAGCAGAACAAGCCAUAUACACACAUAUACAUAUAAUUCAAGACAAGGAAAACACAUUCAUACGUUUUUGUGUAAACUUGGAAUUCUUAUUUAUCGGAUCCAUAAUAGUCAAAAUGGUCUUGCGAGUGUCGUAUGUUUUGGUGGUUCUAACCAUUCUUUCCAUGGAUCAUAGGAUCUCUCAAGCCACAUCCCGUGUUGCCUUUCAAAAGCUAUCCUAUAUUUCUGAUUUCUUCGAAGAAUGGAUGAUCGAGUUCUCUCGAGUUUACACCAAUUCACUCGAGAAACAGAUGAGGCUGGAAGUGUUCACGAAAAACUUGGAAUACAUUGAGAACUUCAAUCGUAAGGCGAAUCAAACCUACAAACUUGGUAUCGACGAGUUCACGGAUCGAACUAAGGAGGAGUUCAUAGCCACCCACUCCGGUUUCAGUGACAUUGAUGUAACUUCAUCAUCCGAAGUGGUUGAUGAAUCGAUGUCAUCUUGGAAAUGGAACGCCAGUAAUAUCAUUGGAUUCUAUUCCAAGAGCAAAGACUGGAGAAUGGAAGGAGCUGUAACACCUGUCAAAAACCAAAGAUAUUGUGGUUGUUGGGCGUUCUCGGCGAUUGCAGCGGUGGAAGGUCUGACAAAGAUUACCCGAGGAAAGCUCGAAUCACUGUCCGAACAGCAACUUCUAGAUUGUGACAAAGCUAACCAUGGUUGCAAGGGAGGAAGAAUGGACAAGGCUUUCGACUACAUAGCAAAAAAAGGAAUUACUGGAGAUGACGAAUACGUUUUCCAAGGGGACACUGAUGGGGUAUGCCUGUUGGAGGAUGAACCCCUCUUUAAGAUCAGAGGUUACGAUUGCGUUCAACGCAACAACGAGCGUGCUUUGCUCGAGGCAGUAUCGAGACAGCCCGUCUCCGUUGGAAUUGUUGGGGAUAUAGAAAGUAUCAUCCGUUACUCAAGCGGAGUGUACGAUGAGCCUGACUGUGGUAUCACCAUGACACAUGCGGUGACUAUUGUAGGGUACGGGACGAGCCGUGAAGGGACCGAGUAUUGGCUGGUUAAGAACUCUUGGGGUACGAGUUGGGGAGAGAAUGGUUACAUUAGACUCCGUAGAAAUGUGGCGUGGAAAGAAGGCAUGUGUGGUCUGGCUCAGUUUGCUUGUUAUCCGGUUGCUUGACAAGCUUAUUCGAUGAUAUGAUAAACUGAAAUGAUCAAACAUUAUGUAGUUUGGUCUAUUUUAUGAUUUAUUUAAAUGUGAUCUUAAACUAUUCGCAAAUUACGGUUGACCGUAAGCUUUAUAAUGCUCAUAUUAUUGCUCAACAUAAUAAAAGCAACAAUUAGUUGUCACUCAAUCCGAUGUCAGGAAAAAGAAAGUUGUCACUCCAUUUUAGGCCUGGGCAUUCGGAGCGUCGGAUCAGGUUCGGAUCGGAUCCUUUCGGGUCCGGAUCUUUCGGGUCUAAGAGUUUAGAAUCCAAUAGGGUAAUUUCAAAUUCUUGGUUCCGGGUCGGUUCGGAUCGUGCCGGGUCCGGAUCGGGUCCGGGUCUUAGAUAAUUGGAUCCAUUCGGGUAACUAGAAUUUAUCGAUUUGGAUUCGGUUCUGUUUCGGGUCGGAUUCGGUUCGGUUUCGAUCUAAAAAAGACCUAAAAUACAAAUAAAUAUCUGAAAAUAUUUAUAUAUCCAAAAAUAUUCGAAAUUUUAUUCAAAAUUUGUGUUUUUAUUAUAUUAAAAUGUGUAUAUAUAUAAAACUAUGCGAGAUACAACAACAAUUCGUUGUCUCCUAGUGGUUGACCCCCAUGUUCUCUAGACAAAUAACCCGUCUUCGAUGCCUCCUUGAUGCAUUUUAUUUAAUUUACAUUAUUAAUUCGGGUACCCAUCGGGUUUCGGGUUUGAGUCGGAUCGGGUCCAAGAUCCGCGGGUCCUCUGCAACAAGACCCGAAAGGGUAAUUAGAUCGGAUCAGUUCCUACCCGAACCGGGUUUUUAAGGGUCGAUUUCGGGUCGAGUCUUCGGGUCCGGGUAAAAUGCCCAGCCUAAUCCAUCCCUUCGAAAUGUAUUUUGAAAAUUUUCUAUACAUACCCUUUUUUUUGUCAACAUACUUUCAUUAAAGGGCUAAUUGGCGAAAUAGCUAAGUCUGGGAGAGAAAUUAAGUAUAUGAACAUGAUUUUGACAUAAUUAAAUGGGUAACAAUUGUCUCUCACCUCAUCCGGUUCUACCCUCCACGCUUACAAGUCUUCGGUGAAAGAGAGAUAAAUGACGUUUUGCAAAUUAAAUAGAUGACGAUGUGAUAGAGAAAGAGAUGACGUUGCGGGAAGGAGGAAUUGAUGAUAUUCACCAUGCACUGUGCAGAUCUUAAGGACAGAGUACAAGCCACGUCCUCAUGAAAAUAACCGCAUGCUAUUUACUGAGUUUAGUAAAUAUGUGGAUGAGAAUAGACCACCCUCAGAAAGUAUCUAGUAUUCCAUAUAUUUUGACAGUCUGUCCAUCUCGUUGUUAAGUAAGAAAAAGACAUUGACGAAGGUGAAAGCAGAGAACGAGUUAAUGCUCAGCAGAUUCGAACAGGUAAUCAUCAAUAACAACCAACUAAUCCUUGUAUUUAUCUGUAUUUGUAGUUGAUGAUCAUUAUAGUAUUUAAUAUGUAUGAUUGUCUCAAUAUGAAAUGGACCAUUCGA